GCGAUUCUGUUUGCGCUCAGUCUACUGCUGCUGCCCUGUGCCCUCCAUCCUUCUAGCUGAGACGGACUAACACGGAGUGGGAGUUAUCCGACGAGGUCUGAGGAUAAUGGAGGAGCGGAUCCGCUGCCGAUGAAGGAAGUCUGACGUAGAUGCUGACCCAGAGGAGAGUCCUGGUAGCAGCACCAGCAGCAGCAGUUGUAGCAGCACCAGCAGAAAGGCUGUAGAUGCCCUCUCCUCAGGUGCUGCUCCAGCCCAGGCCUGUGCUGGAGAGCUGGGACAAAGAGGGGAAAGCUCCUGCUCUGACUCUGACAGCCCAAUAGACUCCAGUUCCAGUGAGGAGGAGACGGAGGAAACAGAAGAAGCUGACCCAACCAUGUUCUCCUCCAAAUUUCUCAGUGGGGCAAACCCCCUGAAUGCUAUGUCUUCUGCUGUGAAUAAAUUUGGUUUGUUUGGAGAUGAUGGAGAGGGGGACAAAAAGCCUCCUCCUAACCUGGGGAGGAAACCAUCGAGUGAACCACAACCUGGACCAGGCCCUGGUAAGGAUAAUAAACAGGAGCAGGUACCCCAAAAAUCCAUCCAGGGUCCCCCUAUGCAAAAGUCCCAGCCUCAUGCUAAACAGGGACUACCACAAGUUCAUGAAAAGGGACAGACUGCCCCCCCGACAAACAAACCUGCAGGACAACAAGCUAAAGAUCAACAACAGCAGGGUUCACCCAAGCCUGGAGUUCAACAGCAAGUUCAGAAAAAGAGUUUAGCACAACCAGAUUCCCCAAAACAGGUUCCACCCAGGAUGACAGAGCAACGGGAUCCAGCUAAGAGUGGCACACCAAGGCAAGAACCUGUAAAGACUGAGAAACAGGGGCCCACAAAGUCUGAGUCAGAGUUAGCAAGUCAACAGCAGUCCUCACCGAAAACUAGACUUCCAGCGUCACCUGAGAUGGGACAGAAAGGGGGCCGGAAUCCAAUCUCUGAUAAAAAACACAACAUAAAGGGACAAGGCACAACUGAAGUGACACCUGUAGGGUCUCCACCUUUGGGAGCGACCAAAGCCGGAGCUCCAUCAAAAGCAAUUACUCAUCUGCUUUGCUCUGUAUGUAACACAACCAAACUUAAUAUCCAUACCAAGGAUCCACCCAACUAUAAAACCUGUACACAGUGUAAAACUGAGGUGUGCAGCUUAUGUGGCUUCAGUCCUCCAGGCGCUGAUGGUCGUGAAUGGCUUUGCCUUACCUGCCAAAUACAGAGAGCUCAAGGAACUUCAGAGCCACCAGGACCUCCCACCCAAACACCUCUAAAAGCAGGGCCUGGUCCUCAAAGCCGGACACCAUCACCAGGUGAAGCUAGAAAAAAAGACAUUUCAGGACCAGAUUCAUCACAGAAGGUGCUGUCUAAACCAAUAAAUGUGCCAGCUAAGGAUAUACCUCCCAAGGGACCAGAAAAUCCAAAUCAAGCCAGUGUUGGUCAAGCUCAGAAAACUACACCAGAGACUCAGAGGACAACGGGGUCUCCAAAACUGCGUCCAAGUGCUCAACCUGGCCAACCUCAAAAAAUUGUCCCUCCAGCUUCACCGAAAAUGUCUGGAGGUUUAUUUGGCUUUACUGGUGGUGCUAAAAAUGAAUCCUCAAAAGCAGAUGAGUCAGUGACUGGGAAGAUGUUUGGCUUUGGUUCUUCUCUUUUUAGUUCUGCAUCUACUUUAAUAGGCUCAACUGUUCAAGAUGAACCCAAAACGACACCACCAGUUUCUCCCAAAAGGCAGCCCACAAAGGACUCUAAAAUGCUUUCCGAUGAAAAGUCUGAACUGGAAAAGAAACAGCAGCAAUCUCGAGAGGCAAAGACCCAUUCGGCGGGACAGAAAGCAGAAAAAUCCUCUGUAGAGAUUUCAAAGGCAGCAACAUCAUCCCUCAAUUCCCCCAGUAUGGGCCAAUCCAGUUGUCCUAUUUGCAAGCAAGUCCUCAAUGUUGGCUCGAAGGAUCCUCCCAACUACAGCAGCUGCACAGAGUGCAAAACAACUGUCUGCAAUCAGUGUGGAUUCAACCCCAUGCCAAAUGUAAAAGAGGAAAAGGAAUGGCUUUGUCUGAAUUGUCAAGUGAAACGAGCUGCUGAAGGAGUUAAUCCACAAAAAGAGACGUCCUUGGUGAAUUUAUCUAAAAAGACAACAGCGGCACAACCCGCCUCUCAAAAGACUUCUGCCCCAAGUUCUCCUCAGAAAAAAAAAUCAACAGCAGAAGUACAGCAGGGUAAAAAAGAAGACCCGAAAAUAAAUAAGCAGGCUGGCCAAGGUCCUGGACCGAAAGCACCUCAAACGAACCAGAGAACCAAUCCUGAGAAACAAGCAAACCAUACCACUCAACCUCCACAACAAACAGAAAAGGCCAAAUCACAAGAGUCUGGUGGCCUUUUUGGUUUUGGUAAUCCUAAACAUCAAGGUGAUGCAGCAAAGCCUGCCGAAUCAGUGCCUAGUAAAAUGUUUGGGUUAGGCACUUCCAUCUUCAGCUCUGCUUCAACUUUAAUUUCUUCAGCUGUCCAAGAGGAUCCCAAAAUUAAAACUCCAGUUUCUCCCAAGAUGUCCCCUGCAAAGGAAUUAAAAUCAGCUACAGUCAAAAGGCUAGAACAGGAGAAUAAAGGGCAGCAGUUACAACAAGCCACAGGUUCCACAUCAGCUCAGCCAAAAACAGAUAAGCCUUCCUCAGAACUGCCAAAAAAAGAGUCAGUCUCACCAGUUAUUUCCAAGGAAUCUGAUUCAACGUGUCCCCUCUGCAAAGUGAAACUGAAUGUGGGCUCCAAGGAUGCUCCAAACUACAGAACCUGCACAGAGUGUAAAAGCAUCGUCUGUAACCAAUGUGGAUUUAAUCCCACGCCAAAUGUAAAGGAGAUGAAAGAGUGGUUAUGUCUGAAUUGUCAGGUGCAGAGAGCACUCGGGGCAUCUGAACCUCCAGGAACACCUGUAAUGAACCUACGGGCCUCUCCAAACAAAUCUCCUGUCUGUCCUGAUGCUCUUAAGACAAAAACUAUGGUACAACAGAAUACAGUUGCAAAAGAGUCCACCCCAUCUGGUUCCACUCAGCAGAAAUCUGAAAAACCAGCUGAGAAGUCAGCAAAUGCUGAAGACAAGAAAAGACCUGAAAGUCAGGAACGUGAAACUCCAGAAGCUGGUCAGAAAAGCCUAGAACAAGACCACAAGAAAGGACAACAUAAACCACCAGACCAGACUAGUCAAACUGAUAAGAAGAAGGGUAUUACAUCAACUAAAGAAGAAAAUGAAAUGCCUUUCAAAUCUGGUGCUUCCAAGGCUCAGCCUGAUGCUUCAAAACCUGCUGAGUCACUCGGAGGAAAAAUGUUCGGCUUUGGUUCUUCCAUGUUUAGCACUGCAUCCAAUUUUAUAACAACUGCAGUCCAAGAUGAAUCAAAAGCAAUGGCACCAGUUUCUCCCAAAAGUCCUAUUACAAAAGGAACCAAAUUAAUUAAUGGUCAGAAACAUGAUUCAGAGAAGAAACCGGAACAAGGUCAGCAAACCAAAAGCUCUCCAAUGAUGCAAGCCAAAGUAGAAAAAGGUCCACCAGAACAUGUUAAGGAUUCAGUAAAUUCAGAUAGUCAAAAGGUCAGCCAGUCUACCUGUCCCCUCUGUAAGACUGAACUCAACAUUGUUUCCAAGGAUCCUCCAAACUACAACAAAUGCACAGAGUGCAAGACAACUGUGUGCAACCAGUGUGGAUUUACCCCAAUGCCAAAUGUGUCAGAGGUCAAAGAGUGGUUAUGUCUGAAUUGUCAGAUGCAAAGAGCUCUUGGUGCCUCCGAAGUCAUAGGACCUUCCAUAAAACCGGGAAUAGAAACAAACAAAGGUUCAAAAGAGGAAAGUCUAAAUAAAGAAACACCUGACAAAAAGGUGGGAGCCUCAGUGUCGGAGUUAUCUCAAAAGAAGGUGAGCUCCACACCUGGUUCUCCUCAGAGGAACAUGCAUGAGGCUUUAAAACCUGCUUCUAAAGAAAAAGAGGCUAAAACACAGCCAAGCCCAAGCACUGGUCAAAGUGUUCCAAAUAUGCAAAGUGUAACAAGUACACAGAAACACAUUGUAGGGACAAGGAAGUCUGAGCCAAAACACAACGAGGAAAGGCGAGAGGCACAAAAGGAAUCAGAAAAAACAGCUGGCUCAACAUAUCCUGAAAAAGUGACUGAAGCUUCAAAAACAACCGAGUCCUUGGGUGGUAAAAUGUUUGGAUUUGGCUCAUCUAUCUUUAGCUCAGCAUCAAAUCUAAUAGCAUCUGCUGUUCAGGAAGAAUCACGGACUACACCACCUGCUUCUCGUAAAAUGUCUGCACCACCUCAAAUUUCUGGCAAGUUGUCUGUUUCACCCAAGAUUUCACCCAAAACUACACCACCGGUUUCUCCCAAAAUGUCCCCAAAAAGAGAGCCAAAUGUUCUACCUCAAAAAUCAGAGCAGGUAACAAAACCAGAGGAAUCCCAUCAGAAGAAAGAGGAGAAAUCUACAUCACAGCCACGUGUAGGAGUAGACCCUUCAAGAUGUUCUGAUGGAGGUGUAUCUACCUGUCCACUGUGCAAGGGGGAGAUGAACAUUGGCUCAAAGCACCCUCCAAAUUACAACACCUGCACUGACUGCAAAACUACAGUCUGCAACCAGUGUGGUUUUAAUCCCAUGCCUAUGGGCGAGAAAAAAGAAUGGCUGUGUCUUACGUGUCAGGUGAAAAGAGCAGUUGGACCCUCUGUACCAUCAGGGCCUACUGCUUCAAAGGCCCAAACUUCACCCAGUAAAUUUCCCUCACCUAUGUCUGCUCAGCUGAAAGACCCCUCCAAACUCACUGCUACUCUCAAGAAGGAUGAUGUACAUAGUGUAGAAAAAUGCUCUGAGCCAUCUGUACCUGAUGGGAAAAUUCCUCAAGAAAAAUUAAAAGCAGAUGAAAAUAAACAAUCAAAUCAGGCAAAUCAAACUGAACGCAGGCGGAGUAGCACUACUUCAGGAAAACAAGAGUCAGGGGGCUUUUUUAGUUUUAUUGAAUCUAAAGUUCAGCCUGACGCAGCAAAGACUGCAGAGUCAGCGAGUGUGAAGAUGUUAGGGUUAAGUUCUUCCAUUUUUGGCUCUGCUUCUACGUUAAUAACCUCAGCUGUGAAAGACCAGCUCAACACAACACCACCAGUUUCUCCAAAGAUGUCUCCCUCGAAAGAGAAAAAAUCUCCAGCCUCUCCAAAAGUAGACCAGGGGAGAAUGUCAGAACAGGAAGGGCAGCCAGAGGAUCAACCAAAAACAAAUGAGAACAAGCCUUCUACUUCCCAAGAACCUGACCAGAAGAAGAAAGCAGGACCAUCCUUGCAGACAAAGACUCUACCACUAGCACAGGACAAAGUGGACAUCAGCCAGUCACAGCUUUUAAAGCCUGAAGUAGAUUCUCAAGAAAGUAUCAAACCAGACCAAGCCACCUGUCCUCUGUGUAAGAUCAAACUCAACAUAAACUCGAAGGAUCCGCCGAAUUACGAUAACUGCACUCAGUGCAAGAGCAGAGUGUGCAACCAGUGUGGAUUUAAUUUGAUGCCAAACAAUACUGGGGUCAAGGAAUGGUUGUGUCUCACAUGUCAGAUGCAGCGAGCACUUGAAGUAACAGAUCCUUCUGGAGGAGUUGCUUCUUUCAAACCUCAGACACCAGCAGAACUCCAAACAGGCAUCAGCAGUCCAGUUGUGACUGAAAAGAAAGUCUUAUCCACACCAAAGUCAACUGAGAGCAAAUUGUCUGCACCUGCAGAGUCAGUUAUAUCUAAGACGGUUGCUAAACAAGUGGUUGAUAAAGAGGCCAACCCAGUUUCUUCUGAGAAAACCCCAGUAGAGCAGCAGCAAAUAUUAACUCCCAGCAAAUCACCAAGUCAAAAAAGACAAGCUGAAUCUAAGCAGAGCAAUGUGACUGCAACGCAAAGAGAUUCAGGUGGCUUCUUUGGAUUAGGCGGAGGGAAAACUAAUGUGAACAAACCAGCAGACUCUGUUUCUGGAAAAAUGCUUGGCUUUGGCUCAUCCAUUUUUAGCUCUGCCUCCACCUUAAUAACCUCAGCUGUUCAAGAUCAACCUAAGACCACUCCACCAGUAUCUCCAAAGUUGUCCCCUGCAAAAGAGAUUAAGUCCCCUGCUGCCCAGGAGAUAAAGCAACCAGGUACUCAGCAGCCCAAGAAACCCGCUGUGGUGCAGAGCAAAGCCGACAAGGCUCAGUCAGUGGUUUCAAAGGACAAAGAAAGUGAUGUCAAACCUGGGACCAGCUGCUUGCUCUGUAUGGCUGAAUUGAACAUGGGGUCAAAAGACCCACCUAACUAUAACACCUGCACUGAAUGCAAGAACACAGUCUGUAACCAGUGUGGAUUUGACCCCAUGCCAAAUCAGUUAGAGAUGAAGGAGUGGUUGUGUCUGACUUGCCAGAUGCAAAGAGCUGUGGCAGCAGCUGACUCAGUACAGCCUCCUGUCUUGAAAGCUCCUGCAUCACCUGGCAAAAUGUCUUCACCUGGCACUCCUAAGAAUGAUACGAGUAAUCAAAAGAAAUAUAGUAUUCCUAAAGAAGAUCCCGGAGUUAGUGGAAAAGCAAAAGAAGUGCCACAGCCAGAAAAACACACUGUGAAAACUUCUUCCUCACUGAUUUCUAAAAAUGAAGCAGCUGAAGCUGCAGUCCCAACAAAAGAUGAAAAAAACAGUUCACUCCAUGUUGAGGAUGUUUUAAAGUUGUCUGUACCUGAAAGUGAAGAGACAGGGCCUGUUAACUCUGAUGUCAAACAAUCAAUGCCUACUCAAUCUCCUCUUAUUACCACAGAUGAGAAUACCCCACAAUCAAAGGUGGAAUUAGAAAGCAAAGAGGAUAAAUCCAAACUAAAAAAACCAUCUGACAAAAUUAUCAAAUCAACAGAGGAAGAACAGCAUUUCGAAGCCAAAACACCUCAAAGGAAAGGCUUGGUGGUAGAUAUGAAACAAGAUGAAAAGCAGAAAACACAUGAUACAAAGAUACUAGACCAGGAGCCUGAAGCUACUCCAACAAAACAGAAUGAAGAUGAUAAACGUAAUAUAGAUUUGCCAAAACUAAGAGAUUCCCAAGAUGCACCCAAAAGGCUUCAAGCUGCUUGUCCACUCUGCAAAGUGGAGCUAAACUUUGACGGCAAAAUCCCUUCCAAUUACAACACCUGUACAGACUGCCAAACCACUGUUUGCAACAAAUGUGGAUUUAGUCCAAUGCCUACCAUUUCUAAGGCAAAGGAAUGGCUGUGCCUUAACUGUCAAAUGCAGAGAGCUCUUGGAGCUUCUGAACCUCCAGGCCUCCCCAUGAUCAAAACACAACCUUCCCCAAUUAAAGAGAUCCCAGCCAAUAUACAGACGAAAGAAACCCAAAGAGUAGGUGUUUCCAAGGAAGAGAUUUCUGAGCCAGUGACUCUGAGUAAGGACUUUGCUAACAACAUUAUUGCCAGAGAAACAGAAAUAUGUCCUGUUAGUGGAGUAGCAAAAGAGGAUCCUUAUUCAACUGUUUCAACUGCUGAUAAAAGUGAUUCCCUGACUGCCACAAAAGCAGAUGGUUCAACAACUUUACAAAAGCCAUGUUUAGAUGAGACAAACGCACUGCCAAUUGCAAUAAAGCAAGAAACUGAAAAAGUUCCUGUUCCUAAAACUGAUGUUUCAACAGAUCAGCUGAAAGGAGGCUCAUUGUUCCAAAAGCCUCAACAAGCUUCACCUUCAAAUGAGUCUGUUUCUUUGCCAGAACAAAAUAAGGCGAAGCAACCCCCAACACAAACUCCAAAACCUGAGAGCUCUGCCAUCAAGUCUGCACCACCACCGGUUCAGGCUGUAAAAGCAGAGCAAAGUAACUUCUUUGGUUUUGGUGCUCCCAAAACACAGCCUAAAGCAGCAAAACCUGCAGAGUCUGUGACUGGAAAGAUGUUUGGCUUUGGUUCAUCUUUUUUAAGUUCUGCCUCUAAUAUGAUAACUGCAGCUGUUCAUGAUGAACCUAAAACUACGCCACCUACUCCUCGUAAGAUGUCAACCACAGAGAGAGUCUCUCCAAAGCCUACACCACCAGCCUCUCCUAAAACAUUACCUGCAAUGCCUGACAAAGGACCUCCUGUGCAGAGGAAUGAGGACAAGAAAUCAGAAAGACAUCAGCAGAAUAAAAUCCCCCCAGCUGAACAAGUCAAAAUGACCAAGUCACCAUCAGAAGUCUCUAAAGCUCAAACAAAUAAGGAAGAUACUUCAGAGUCAGAUCAGAUAAUGUGCCCAAUAUGUAAGAUCAAGCUUAAUUUUGACACUAAACACCCUGCAAAUUACAACACUUGCACUGAAUGCAAGACUACUGUGUGCAAGCAAUGUGGAUUUGAUGCAGUUUCAAAUAUAUCAGAGGUAAAGGAAUGGCUCUGUCUAAACUGCCAGAUGCAGAGGGCCCUAAAAGUGUCUGAAUCCACUGUAUCUCCUGGGGGAAAACAGAUAAAGAGCGACACACAGCUUCCUCUUGUGCAGAAGGAGAAACCUACAGUAAAUAAGAACAAUCAGAGAGAAGUCCUGAAAGCUACAACUCCAUUGCAAAAUGCUGCUACACCUCAGCAAGAUUCUGUGCAAACAUUACCGGUGGUUCCAGGUUCCAACCUGCAACAAGAUGAGAAACCACCACAACUUAAGAGUCCUCAAAAUGCAAAGCAAGAGCAAAAACCAGAUAUCACAAAACAAGAGGGUGGAAAACUACAACAACAACCUGUAAAGUUGGUCCCGCAGCAAACCAAAAUGGCUCCACCAGUUCAGUCUACUAAAAAAGAAUCUGGGGGCUUCUUUGGCUUUGGAGCCCCUAAAACAGCAGCUGCAGCAGCAAAAUCUGCUGAGUCUGUGGGUGGGAAAAUGUUUGGCUUUGGCUCAUCUUUUCUAAGUUCUGCAUCUACACUGAUAACCUCUGCUGUUCAGGAUGAACCUAAAACUACACCACCAACUCCAAGGAAAAUGUCCACCACAGCAACCACCUCUCCUAAACCUACACCCCCAGUAUCUCCAAAGAUAACACCUGCCAAAGAGACAAAAAUACCUGCUCCCCAGAAAUCGGAGCCACCUCAAGAGGACAAGGGUACUACACCACCUCAACAAGACAUGCCUUCUGCACCAUCUAAACAGGCCAAACCUACUCCAACCUCUCAACAGGAUAAGACUACUCCACAAUCAUCACAAGAUAAGCCUGCUAUUCCACAUCCACAGGCUGAGCCUAUUCUUCCUCCACAGAAAGAAAAACCUACCCUUCCACCUCCACAGGUGAAGACUACUCCACCACCUCAACAAGAUAAGGACAAGCCUACUAAACAACCAUCACAAGAAAAGCCUACUCCACCACCUCAGCAAGAUAAGCCUCUGCAUGCCAAGCCUAAUGCACCUAAUGCAUCCCAAAAGGAUGAGCAUAUUCCACUCCCAUCACAAGAGACGCUUACUCCACCAUCUCAGAAGGAUAAACCUACUCCAGAACCUUCACAAGAAAAGCAUACUCCACCAUCUCAACAGGACAGGCCUACCCCACCACCUCCACAAGACAGGCCUAUUCUUACCCCACAGCACGUAAUACCUACUCCACCACCUCCACAGGCCAAACCUAUUCUACCCUUACAGCAAGAAAAGCCUACUCCACCACUUCAACAAGAUAAACCCCUGCAUGCCAAGCCUAAUGCACCAUCUCAAAAGGACAAGCAUAUUCCAAUCCCAUUAGAAGAGAAGUCUACUCCGUCAUAUCAGAAGGACAAGCCUACUCCACAACCAUCACAAGACAAGUCUACUCCACCAUCUCAAAAGGACAAGCCUACCCCACCACCUCCACAAGUCAAGCCUAUUCCAUCAUCUCAAAAGAAUGAGCAUAUUUCACUCACAUCACAAGAGAAGCCUAUUCUCCCGCCUCAAAAGGAUAAGCCUACCCCACCACCAUCACAAGAGAAGACUACUCCACCAUCUCAAAAGGACAAGCCUACCGCAACACUUCCAAUAGUCAAGCCUAUUCCAUCUUCUCAAAAGGAGGAGCAUAUUCCACUCCCAUCAAAAGAGAAGCCUAUUUCACCAUCUCAAAAGGACAAGCCUACCCCACCAUCAUCACAAGAUAAGCCUACUCCACCAUCUCAAAAGGACAAACCUGCCCCACCACCUCCACAAGACAAGCCUAUUCCGCCAACCCAACAGACAAGACCUACCACAUUACUGCAAGAAAAAGAAGAAAAGUUUCAACCAAUACCUGCAAAGCUGAACAACGUUGUUCCUAUACCAGCUGUGUCCACCUGUCCUCUUUGUAAAGCUGCACUUAAUGUGGGAUCAACAGAUACUCCAAAUUACAACACCUGCACUGAAUGCAAAAGCAGAGUUUGCAAUUUCUGUGGAUUUAAUCCAAUGCCUCACACUUCAGAAAACGAAUGGCUGUGUUUGACGUGCCAAACUGAUAGAGCUUUGUCAGGGCAGCUGGGAGACUCAGGAAAAAUGUCCCAACCUUCACUUGUGCCAGCCAAAGCUAAAACCCUGGGGACGUCUGUUUCCGAAAUGACAGAUCCAGAAACUUCACCCAUAAAACCAGAGCCCACACCUGGAGCAAAACCCACAAAACCUGUUCCUCCUUCAGUUGAGGAUGUACAAACACUUCCAAAUGUAAAAUCAAAUGUAGAACCUGCCAAGAUGGAAUCAAUAGUUACUGUUCCUUCCACAGAAAAUGAACUGGAGAGAAAACCCCUAGCCACCAUGGCAGAUGGUGCAUCUGUUGUCCCAGAAAAACUUUCUCUCACAGAUUCCCUUCAAGAAUCUUUCUUAACAGAGCCUGACGUGUCAAACACCAUUUCCUGCAUGGAAACUGUUAAAGAGGUUAUAAUGUCUGAAGUUGUUCUAGAGCAAAAAGCAAAGCCAGAGCUCUCUGUUGAAGGGAGUACAAGUGCUGAGGUGCAGACUUAUGAGCAUAUCAAGCUGAUGGACACAACAUAUUCUACACAGGAGAAAAUGCAACCACACUUGCCAGAAAAGGAGCUGGCAGUAGAGUCAGGGCGAAAAACAGCAGCUGGCAGCAAGGAACUGGAUAAGGCGACUGAAAAGGGUGCAGACAUCUCCUCAACUCAACUUUCACAGCCACUGUCUACAGAGACCAUAACAAAAGGUUCAGGUGUCACCAAUGAAGAGCCAGCAGAGGAGAAAAAGGUUCACUCUCACACUGAUCAAGGAACAAAUAAAGCCAGCUUGGGAAAAGAAGUGCAUGAUAAGGAUCAACCCCUGAUUAUACCUCUACUUCAGGAACAACCUGAGGGGAAGGUACAUGACCAAGACAAAGGUGAUUCUAGUAUGGAUUAUUCUAUGCCAGAAAAGGAGGGAGUUAAACCAGAAAGACGGCGUCUUAGUUUCCAAGCAGUGGAAGAGAGCAGUGAAAGUGAGGUGACACCUUCCUCAUCCCCUAGAAUGCAAACAAGGAUCUUAAAGGUCAGCACUGUUUCAUCCAGCAGUGAGGAGAAAACUGAAGGGGCUGAUUCUUCCAUUGAAGAUGAUGAGUUCAUCCGCAAGCAGAUUUUGGGUAUGGGUGAUGAGAGCUACAUGUCUUUAUCAGAAGAUGAGAAAGAAAACACUUUGGAAAAUGUGGAAGCUUUGAAGGACAACACACUUGACAAUGCAUCUAUAAAAUCUAAAUCUUUGUUUAACAAGGAUGAAGUGGAUCUUGACUCUCAAAUCCAGACCGAAGUCUCCAAGAAGGAUGAUACAACUUCUCAAAACAUUCCAGAAACUGUUCCAAAUACUACUUUUAAGAAAGCUACUCCUGUAAUGAGGCAGCGACAAAGCACUGAUGAAGAAAUAGAGAGUAUCACAGAAUCAUUGUCAAAGGGUUCAUCCAGUGUUCAAGCUUCAAGCAUUACUCCAGGGUCUUCCCCUACAUCAGUUUCAUCUUUGGAGGAGGACAGUGAUAGUAGCCCAUGUAAAAAGAAAUUUAGUCAGCAAAGACAGCAUCGUAAAGGUAGACACAGUCAGACUAAGCCUCUCCCUAUUAUAGAUAACUCCUCUGAUGAAGAAAAGACAAAGAAUCAUGAAAAACAUCUGUCUUCACUCAGCGAUGUGUCCUCUACAGAAGAUCUACGACAUGUGACUGUCAUGGAUGAAAGUAAUAAAAAAUCUGGUACUGAGUGUUCAGCCAGUAUAGAAUUUGAACCAGAUAUUAAGAGGGCUGUACAAAAAGGACGGAAACCUUCAACAACAGUCAUACCUUAUACCCCUUCUGAUCAAUUUGAAGAAAAAGGCACAGUAGGAAAAUCAUUGAAGAGUGCUGAAGAAGCAUACGAGGAAAUCAUUCAGAAAACAAAAGCCAUUCCAGGAGAAAGUCCCCCUGAUAUUGAACCACUCUAUGGAGGACUGGCAAUAGAGGACUAUCUUUAUGAAUCUUUAGUGGAGGAGCCAGAAAUGAAACUAAGCGAGACUCAAGAUGAAGAACCCCAGUUUGACACAGCUUCACAAUCUAUUAAAAAGCUCAGAUCCCCAGAGGAGGUUUAUGAGGAGAUGAUGCAAAAGAAAAGGGAAUUGAUGAUGAUAGAGCAAGAAUUUCAACAGGCUUGGACAGCAAUGGAUUCUUCCUCAAUCGAGGCUGUGGUUCAUGAGCUUCCUGUUGACGCUGAAACUUGCGUGGUGACCAUAUCUAGUGAAGAUAUACCUUCUGAAGAUACACAGAUCACUGAACAAAAGGAUAUAUAUCCUUUAGUUAUGGAUACUUUAAGUGAAUUACCAGCAAAGAGAAAGAAACGUCCAGCCCCCCCACGCCCCUCUGAGCCCCCUAAGCGCACUGAUGUAACAGUUUUUCAUAGUGCUCCCAGUGCAUCCAUAACUUUUAUCAGGCCUAUGGUUCCUCAAGAUCCUGCACUUAGAAAGGCAUUGUUCCCAAUACCAGACCUGAAGAUUACUCAGUGCUCAUCUGGUGAAGAAGAGGAUGAUAGUCUUGCAGAUGAGUAUGCCAUAGGUAUUUCCUCUGAUAUUACUCCCAGUGAUGAUUCUGAAACCAACGAGGAUCACUCCAUAAGUCCAUCUUUGUCUGACUCUAAUGAGAUAGAGCCUAUAGGUGUUAUAUGUGAAAUACCAGAGCCAAAACCGAUUCCAACUCCUAUAUCAGCCCCAGAACUAACAACUACACCUUCAUCUGUUUCACCAAUAUCUCCCCCAACAUCACCAGCUACUCCAGAUUCAAGUAUGGCUUCAAAUGUCUCAUCAUCCUCAUUUCAGGCUCGAACACCGAUUUCAUCUGAUUCAACUCCACUGUCCACACCAACUCUUCCAACUUUAAUAAAAGAUCAGUUAGUUGAAGAAUCGUCAUUGUCUAAUACAAGCGAAGUAAUUUCGUCAAAAUGUGUUCCUUAUCCCCCCUCAGCGACUGUUAUAGUCACAAUUCCAGAUAUAGUUUCUGAUCCAUCUAAAGUUCAAAUGACAGAGGACCUUCAAAUUAUUCCUUCUUCAGCAAAAGUCCAACCCCCACCUCUGUCUGAGACUUUAUCUGCUGUAACCCCUAAAGUUCAAAUGCCAGAUUUGGUUUCCACUCCAUCACAAGUAUCAAUAAACAUUGAAGCUGUUUUACAAGUCUCAGCACAAAGUCCACCCCCCAUCAUUGUCUCAGCCCAGCCUUUAGCCCAAGACAUAGCUACACCUAUUGUUGUCACAACAGCAGCUUCAUUGAACACAAUCUCAUCUACAGCCUCUGAUGUGCCAUGCCCCGAGCCCUUAACAGUCCAGAUGCCAGAUUUGGUUUCAACACCACAACCAAUCUCAGCCCUAAUUACUACACCAACUCAAGCCCAGGCCACCGUAGUACAUUCAGUCCCUGUACAAUAUUCUGUUCCAUUAAUGAGGACAGUGGUGGUCCCAGCAAAGGCUCAACCUGACCAGGGAAUUAUAUCAUCUCUGGCAUCGACUACUAUUGUCAAAAAGAAAGUUCCUCCUCCACCCCCUCCUCGAUCCACUUCAGUUUCAUUACCUGAGACCACUAACGAGAUGCCUCAUGUAAAGACUGUUAUACCAGCUGUAGCAGCUAAGGUACCUGCAGUGACUGCCCCGCCAAUGCAAUCUGUCGUUGUAGAUAUACAACCAAGAAUGGAACGUGGGCAAUCAGGGAAUGUACCUGUUCCCCAAGUUGUGACCCCAACCAGACAGGGCCAUGUAGUCAUUAUUGUUCCAAGUAUGGAAAAUAAAUCUCUUCUUGAAAAAACCAAACUGAGUAGUUAUGAUGCAGAACCAAACGUUGCUUCACACAUAUGUGGUAGUCAAGAAACUACGAAUGAUACAGUCAGUACAGACACUUCAGGUGUGCCUUUGCGCUCAGCUCCGCCACUUCCACCUAAACCUACAUAUGGGGAAAAGGUUGUAUCAACUGAAGAAGUACCCCAUGUUGCAGCCAAAACUCUAUCAUACCCAUCUUCUGUACCUGAACUAACUGGAAGCACUGUUCCCACUCUAGUCACAAACACUAUAGCAUCAAUCGACACUGUUUCUGGAACAGAGUCAAUUCCUUGUCAUCUUGCUAAGCCUCCCCCACCCAUACCACCCAAGCCUGUUUUAAUUCCAGCUGGCCUGGUUUUCACCCACAAGCCAGGCGAGAAUGUUAAGCCCCCUCCUCCUCUUGUUGCACCCAAAGCAGCAACACUGCCUCGGAUGAAAGAACCCCCAAAAGUCCUGUCACUUAGCCUUGCAAGACCUUUGGAAACUAAAUUGGGUGCAACAUCUCCCAAGUCACCUGUGUCCCCUAGACAUGCAAAAUGUUUACAGACAUAUGUGGUGAUUACUCUACCAUCUGAGCCAGGUUCUCCAACAGAGACCAUAACAGUUCAGGCACCUGUGAGGCGAGGAUCAAUACCCCCUUCUACAGGAUCAGACAUUCAAACUACACUACCAGAGCAGAAGACGCCCACUGAGGUCCUUUCAGCACAGCUUGCAGUUAGGCGGGCAUCUGUACCCACUGUAACCCAUCAACCCCAGAUUAAAAAAAUAUCAGCUACGGGAGCAGAGGAAGGGAAAACAUCUGAGAUGGUGACUGCCAAAGUGCAAAUGAGGGAAAAUUCUGUGCCCUCUGCUAUACACCCACUACUUCCUGUUGCAGAUGUUAUAACAGUGUCAUCGGAUCAAAAUGCCUGCAUCAUGGCACAUGCUGUAGCGCCUACUAUCAAGAAACCCUUUAUGAAGCAACAAGAGUUAAUUAAUGAGCUCCAGAAACCUCCUGAUCCAACAACAGAAGUAAUGCCAAAGCCUACAGGGCCUAUAGGUACUCUCGAUCUGACACACCAAUCCAUUGUAAUUGAUCAAUUUCAAUCAAGUGUAUCUCAACAACCUUGUGUAAUAACAGAAAUUGUAACAGUUUCUCCAAAAACUUUAACUGAAGAUCCAGUUUUUCAGUCAACCAAAUCAAUUGCCACUGUGCAACCAGAAUGUAUAGGGGAAGCUGUUGCACCACAGCAGCCUGAAACACUUUUAGAAGUAGUUGUUCAUCAUAGACCACCUACACAAUAUCCAAUUGAUCAUAAUGAGAAAUGUUUAGCACAAACAGAUGUACAGGGUGUUGAGAAUACAGAACAAGAUGUAAGUAAUCAUGUCCCAGAGGAAGUUCUGAUUCCAUCAGCAAUGCCAGACAACAGUCAUAAAAUUGCAGCUGAAGAAGCAGACACAGCAAUUGAAGUGGUUGUACACUCUACAAAAGAACACAUACCAGGGAAUUCUAAAGAUGCAUACUCCCUAUCUGAACCUGCAAAUCAACAAAUUGAUCAAAUUUUAGAAAAUUUGGUUGUGGUGACAGAGCACCAAUUCACACACAAGUCAAAGCUUAUGGCUGAAGAGAUCCCACUGCCUACAACAUUUGAAUAUAGCACAGAAGAUGUUUCUACUGACCCUGGUGUUAAGGUACCUGAGGCUGCUGUAGUGUCUCCUGUACCUCAUCCUCUCACUGCUGCUGUGGUUGUGACUAUGGCCUCUAAAGUACCUGAGGUAAUGCCACAACCUACAGAUCAUGGUGCUGUGACUAUUACAAGUGGUGGUCAAUCACCGCCAUAUCUGUUGCAUGGAAUUCAAACAUACCCAGAUAUUAGUUAUACUCCCCAGCAGUAUGGGACAAUCACAGUCACAGCAACAUCACAUCCUAUAUCCCUGGAGGAAACACCGUUGCAAACUCAAAACGAAACUCUUUCAAAGUUAACAUCCGUGGACAGUGGUCACUGGACAAAAGAAUCCAUUGCCAUGCAACAACCAAAACAGAUUGCAGAAAUAAUUAAUAUGCCAUCUGAAAAGGAUGUUUCAGCAUGUGGUUAUAUAGCACAUAGCCUCUACAAGAAGGAAUCCAUUCCAAUAACAGAACAGCAACAGGAAUCCUUGAUCUAUCCAUCUGAAUAUAAUCAUCCAUUGCAGACAAUAACUCAAGAAGCAAACAUCAUAAGAAGCUCUAUACCUUCUGCUCCAGACAUUCCACUGAGUACAUCUGCAGCUCCAGUAACCAUCACCAAAAUUCAACAAGAGUCAAUUGAGAGUCAAGAAAUAAGAGGAUCAGAAAAGCUGGUAUCUAGUAGGAGUCAUAUGUAUUCCUCAUCGAUUUCCACCUCAGGCAAGCCCCCUGAAAGCUUAUCUAGUCGGGUCACUCAAGUGGUUACCACCGAAGUGCAACGGACCACUGUUUCUGUUGUCCAUGAAAAACUUCAACAGGUUCCUCCACAGCCAAUAGCAACCACUAUACAACCAGACAUAUCAAAAGUUCAAACUUUGCCUAAACAAAAUAGCAAGAUUAUGUAUCCUGGGGAUGUUAUUGAUUUACGUACUAUCAAGUCUGGCAUAAAAAUGACCGAGCAAGGUAUGGACCUGACACAAACUGAGUCUAGUCGGCAAUCUGUUUCUUCUGAGUCAAGUGGACGUCAUAUAUCUGCAGUACAGUCCGAGAUCGUAAAUCUUAGUGCAGAGCUUACUCCUGCAACAACACUGUCUGUGGUUACUGAUAGUAUCACAAUAGUCACAUGUACUGCAACGAUUGCUUCAUACAAUAUUCCUGCAGAGAAACCACUUGAUUUGCAGGGCCCUGUUGCAUCACUACCUUUGCCUCUCACAUCAACAUACAAACCAUUUGAACCACUUGCGCAAAUUGUUUACAGACCAGUGAAGACCCCAUCUGCAUUCACUGAUGAAGUAUCUACAGCUCAGGACCUACCCAUCAAUCUUUCCUUUGAAGCUCUAGUCACAUCUGGAGGAAAACAGCCAUUGACUUCAGCUCAAAAAAUUACUGGCAAUGAAAGUCCCAUUAUAUCUAUUGAGGCUACAGGAGCCAUGGAUUUAUCAAAUUAUAAACCAGUGACAGCUAUGGUAGCAUUGUCUGAUACAGGCUCAGGAGUGGUGACCUCAGUUUUAGAGGAUGAUGGAGUUCCAAUUGACCUUACUGCUGGCAGAAGAAGCAUUUGCUGUGAUGUAAUUUACAAGCUACCAUUUACUGGAAGCUGCAGAACACAACCUCCAGUAACAACUCAACCCGACACCCAUUUUGGCUUCGAAGAUCAAGCUGGACUGUAUAAAAUAAAAGGGACUAAUGGAAUGAAAGCAUCGUUGUCAGAGACCAAUUUGACAAACACAGGUCUUCGCUUCUGUAAUCUUGAAAAUGACUACUUUGGUGGAUCUUCUGAUGCAGCCAUGGACCUAACUGCUGCUAAACUUUCAGCUGGUGAAGCACUAGACUACACUAGCAAAGCAACCAGCAUCUACUCUGCAAUGAUUACUGCCCCAAUCUCCCAGGUUCCUGCUGGUGGAUUUGGAGUAAAUAGUGCUUUAAGAACAUCAGAUGGGAUAGUUUAUUCCUCAGUUGCAGCACCAGUUCCAUCGACAUAUGCAAUUACAACGCAACCAGGCUCCAUCUUCAGCACUACUUUUACACCUACAUCAACCAUGCAGGAUCCCUCAUUACAGCACUCAUAUGGUUUUGUUCCUGCAACAGACCCAGGACAAAUAGUUCCUUUUGAGGCUGAUCUAUCAAAAGAGUUUUUCCCUACAGUGUUGGCUGACCUCAUAACUGGCUAUCCAGAAAUGUACUCAGAUGCCACCCUUGAAGCCAUUGCUGCUUCUUUAGAUGUUCUAGCUUCUUCACCAAUAUUUCCUGGUUUAGACAACACCAAGAUGGCCCAGUAUCAGAUGGAGAGGGAAUUUCUAGAAUUAGAGAAGCUUAAACAGCUAUGUCUUGCUGAGGAACUGGAGUGGGAAAGACAAGAAAUCCAUCGCUACAGAGAACAGGAGCAACUUAUGGUGCAAAGGGAACUUGAAGAACUUCAAGCUCUGAAACAGCAGCUGCUUCUUCAGCAGGAAGAGGAACACCAUGCCCAUAUGAUGGCCCAGCAAGAGACCUAUGCUCAACAAAAAGAGCAGUUGCAACAAAUUCAGCAACUUCAACUCCAGCUCCAGCGGCAGCUAGAUGAGCACUACAGCAGUACUGGUAUGACAGGAAACCUUUUAGAAGCUAAAUAUGCAGGAGUGGGGGAUAGUGGUCAGUACUGGCCUGUAAAAGAUGAGUCUACACUUCCUUGUACAGAAGCACAAACAGAACAACAUAAUGAGAAGCUUCACAUAGUUAAGCUGCAAGCUGACCAGGAUUUAAGUAAAAAAAUCCUUGACAGUGGUGUACAAACAGAUGAUGAAGACUCUGCGGAAAAGCAACAUGUGGGGAGAAAAAAGAAGAGCAAAAGAAACAUUGAUAGCUUAGUUCAGUCUGAUGAGGAUGAUCUAGAUGAAUGGGAUGCCCCCACCAAAGUUCGACGCCGUUCUCGGAAGCACAGCAGUGAUGGAAAGCAUGGAUCCAAGGUGUCUAGCAUUGCCAUCCAGACAGUAUCAGAAAUUUCAGUCCAAACUGACCACUCUGGAACUAUCAAACGACCCAAUGUCCAAAUGGACACAAAGAUAGAAAUUGUUAAGCACAUAUCAGCUCCAGAAAACUCUAAUAGAGGUGGGAGUCUUAGCUGUCAAACUGACUCAGACAGAAGACAUUCACCUAUUGAGUUUGAAUAUAGUACACAACUAACGACAGAUCUCCCCUCUAAAUCCAAAGUGCACUACAGUCAAGUGUCUCCUAUAUCUCCAGAAAAGUCAUAUGGAGGGCAAAGAAUGCUAACUGCUGACCCAACCAGAUUCUCCUCUGGCCCUAGGAGUUUAAAAUCUGGGCAGAAAUCUCUGUCAGAUCCUAGGUCUCUUAGUCCUUCAACUGAAGACCGAAUUGGAGGAUAUUAUGCAGACAGCUAUUCUUGUCGUGGUUCUCCUUCUAGUAGUUGUAAGAAAGUAAAGCGAACCCUCCCAGACCCCCCUUCUGAGGAUGACUCUUUGGCAGGAAGAUCAGGCUAUAGUACCAACUCUGCUCGUCGCCGUCUUGCCCGGAGCACAACAAUGGCCCGUGCAAAGAUUCUGCAAGAUAUAGAUAAGGAACUGGAUCUGGUGGAGAGGGAAUCUUCUAAACUACGCAAGAAACAAGCAGAGCUUGAUGAAGAGGAAAAGGAGAUUGAUGCCAAAUUGCGGUAUCUGGAGAUGGGUAUAAACCGUCGCAAGGAGGCAUUGUUACAGGAAAGAGAAAAGAGAGAAAGGGCAUAUCUCCAGGGUGUGGCAGAGGAAAGGGACUACAUGUCAGACAGUGAGGUUGGCAACAUAAGAGAAAGUCAAGGGGAAGGCCUUGAGAGACCACGAACUGCACCACAGUCAGAAUUUGAUCAAUUUAUCCCUCCCCAAACGGAAGCUGAUUCCCAGUACAACACCCUUACAAGCCCCUACUCCCAGUAUGGUCAGUAUGUUCCUCAGACUCAAUCCACAAGCCAUUACACCCAACAAAAUAUCUAUCAGCAGCAGUCCCUUUACCAUCAUCAGGUGUCUCCUUAUCAAACACUAUCGCUCUCUCAUUCUCAGGGUCAGCCUAGCAGCUACCAGCAUGCUUUACUUUUACAACAGGGAAAACCACGCCAAACUACUUUAUCUGAUAUAGAGCCCAAAAUUAGCACCAACUAUGAGGUGAUGCGUAACCAGCCUCUCCUCAUUGUGCCAACCUCUACAGAAAGUGGCUAUGGGGUUGCUCACAUGGGGGGCAAGUAUGGCAACUUAGAUUUGAGGUUAGAGGAGAGAAGCAUGGCCUCCAGUCCCAUGUCAAGUAUUUCUGCUGAUUCUUUCUAUGCUGAUAUAGACCAUCACAAUACCAGGAACUAUGUGCUUAUAGAGGACAUAGGAGAGCUCACUAAGGCCUCAACAGGACUUGGCAGCUCUGGAUUUAACAUCCCUGAUAAAGAGCUAUCGAAAACGGACAGAUUGAUCAGGGCAGCAGAAGCAAGGCGUUCAGCAGAGGUGGCUGAGUUUUUGGGUUCAUCACGUUUUGGAAAAGGAGAAGAUGAUUCUAUGGAGGAGCCAUAUGAACUGAAGCUACUGAAGCAACAAAUAAAGCAAGAGUUUAGGCGAGGAACUGAAGGACUAGAACAUUUAACAGGCCUUGGACUUUCUCAUUAUCUCUCAAGUGAUAGUAGUUUCCGUCACUUCCCUAAAGGAGAGAAAUAUAGCAUUGGACGACUCACUCUUGAAAAGCAAGCUGCAAAGAAUCUUCCUGCUGCUAUGCUCUACCAGAAACAGAUGAAGAACAAAAAGGCUUUGCUAGACUCUAAGACCAUCACAAAAUUUUCUCCUAUUCAGGAAAGUAGAGACCUUGAGCCUGAAUUUGGUAGCUACAUGGGAUCUAGGGCUUCGUCCGUGUCCAGUCUAGCAGCUAGGGCUAGGUUACUUCAGGACGAAAUUACAUUUGGUUUAAGAAAAAACUUGUCUGAGCAGCAAAAAUAUUUGGGAUCUUCCUUAGGAGCCAACCUUUCUGGUUCUCUAAACCUUGGCCAGUCUCUUAGCUUGGGAUCAACUAUAAGAGGGACCACUCAAGAGGAUGGAACAUAUCCAAGUGGCACUCGGUCCCGUCCCUCUUCGCGCCCCUCUUCUCGACCAUCUUCUAUAUAUGGUUUAGAUCUGUCCAUUAAAAGGGAUUUGUCAAGUUCCUCACUCAGACUUAAGACAGAUGGGGAGGUCCUGGACGCAGCAUUUGCUCCUGGAGUCUCUAGAGCAAAACCCACUAGUUUGCCUAUCAGCCAAAGCAGGGGCCGUAUCCCCAUUGUGGCUCAGAACUCAGAGGAGGAAAGUCCUCUGAGCCCAGUGGGGCAGCCUAUGGGUAUGGCUAGAGCUUCUGCUGGUCCCUUGCCUCCCAUUUCUGCUGACUCCAGAGAUCAGUUUGGUUCUAGCCAUUCCUUGCCAGAAGUACAACAACAUAUGAGGGAAGAAUCACGGACACGUGGCUACGAUAGAGACAUCGCUUUCAUCAUGGAUGAUCUGCAAGGUGCCAUGUCUGACAGUGAAGCCUACCACCUGCGGAGGGAGGACACAGACUGGUUUGAUAAGCCAAGAGAAGGACAGCCUCAGAGUGGACACAUGUUAGAUAGGAGACAGAUGAAGUUGGUUCCAUACACCUUCCCUCACACUCGCAUUAAGCUUAAGAGAGACAUGACAGACAACAGCGUCUCAGGUAACGGACUUGGACUCCGUGUGGUGGGCGGUAAGGAGAUUCCAGGCAGUCGAGGAGAGAUUGGAACCUACAUUGCAAAGGUUAUUCCAGGAGGCAUGGCUGAACAAACAGGGAAAAUUGUUGAGGGAAUGCAGGUGUUGGAGUGGAAUGGAGUUCCUUUAACUGGGAAGACCUAUGAAGAAGUGCAGUGCAUUAUGGCCAAGCCCUGUGCUGAGGCAGAGCUCUGUGUGAGACUUGACCUUAAUAUGCUGUCUGACCCGGAGCAUCCUCAGGCUCUAGAGGACCAUGUCAAAAUUAGGGCUGCAGGUGGCCAGCGAUCCCCCGGCGUGGAUCCUAAACAGUUAGCUGCUGAGCUCCAAAAGGUGUCCCAGCAGCAAACUCCUGACAUAGCAGGAACAGGGUCUGGGAGCUUGGGGAUUCUCUCUGCAUUGGAACGUUCAGCCCUCCUUCACUCAGGCCCUGGGUCAGCAGCCUCCAGUGGAGUCCCAAGCCCUGGCCAGCCAGCAUCUCCUGCCAUCAACAAGAAACAGCGCUACAAGCUCCAGAUUAACUAUGACAGAAAUCUGGGAAACUUGAUUGUACACGUCCUACAAGCCAGGAACUUGGCCCCCCGAGACAAUGACGGUUAUUCUGACCCUUUUGUGAAGGUCUACCUUCUACCAGGGAGAGGUGCUGAUAACAGGAGAAGGAUCAAGUAUGCUCAGAAGACCACAAACCCAGAAUGGAACCAGACUGUAAUUUAUAAGAACAUCCACUUGGAACAGUUGAAGAAAAAGACAUUGGAGGUAACAGUGUGGGACUAUGACAGAUCCUCCUCCAAUGAUUUUCUCGGAGAAGUUCUCAUUGACUUGUCAAACACAGCUCAGCUGGACAACACUCCCCGCUGGCUACCCUUGAAAGAACAAAGUGAAAGUAUUGAACACAGCAGAGCUCACCAUGCUGCGCAAGCUCCACCAGGGUCUGGGUCAGGACAAGGUCAUGGUCAGGGACUUUGCACAGGCCAGAGUCAUAUGUCAGGGUCUGGACAGGGUCAAGUACCAGGACAGGGAGAUUUGAGUCAGGAUUCACCUAAAAAUUCUGUGAUUAAGAGCAGAAGCCAUGGAAUCUUCCCUGAUCCAGCAAAAGACACACAAAUGUUACCUUUGGAAAAGUCCCACAGCAGCCCAGGUAGCUCCAAGUCUUCAUCUGAUGGCCAACUGCGGUCUCAUGGCCCUUCUCGAAGUCAAAGCAAGAGUAGUGUCACUCAGGCCCACCUUGAGGAUGCUGGGAUAGCCAUUGCUGCCGCAGAGGCUGCCGUGCAGCAGUCCCGCCUGCAACCAAGGCCAGGACACCGCCUGGGUGAUGUGUCAGGGUCAGUGGUGCUCUCUGCCCCAAGCCUUGUCGGCGAUGCCUAUGGUGGUCUGGAUGGGGAUGAAGGGGAGGGCAUCGGAGUCGACAGCGCUAUUUUUCAAGUGCCACGAAUUGGUAAGACUAUUCCUAAUGGUACUGACAAAAACCAACAAACCACUCCAGAAAAUGAAGGAGGGAAAACCCAAGUAAUUGGGGAAAUUAAAGUUGCUCUAAAGAAGGAGGUGAAGACAGAAGGAGAUCAGCUGGUGCUAGAGAUUCUUCAAUGCAGAAAUAUUACUUACAAGUUCAAAAGCCCAGACCACCUGCCAGAUCUGUAUGUCAAACUGUAUGUGGUGAACGUAGCCACUCAGAAGAGGAUCAUCAAGAAAAAGACAAGAGUUUGUCGACAUGACAGGGAACCUUCCUUUAAUGAGACCUUCAGAUUUCCUCUCAACCCAACGGGACAUUCAAUACAGCUUUUUUUGGUGUCCAAUGGUGGGAAGUUUGUGAAGAAGACCUUGAUCGGGGAAGCCUACAUCUGGCUUGACAAGGUGGACAUGAGGAAGAGAGUGGUCAGCUGGCACAAACUUUUUGUCAGCUCCAACCUGACUAACCCUUGAGUGCCACACAAUAAGAUAAAAAAGAUCAAUUGGGAGAUAUAAUUGGUAAAAGGGAAAAAAGAAAACAGAAUAAUUUUUAUAAUAUUACCUAAAUUCAUGCAUUGAGUUUAUAGAUCAUUAGAUGAAGGUAACUAUGUGACAAUAACAUUUGCAUGUCUUGUCAGUCUAACACUGCCAGUGCACGUGUUCCUAUUCUUAUGUCAGCUCUCAAAAGACUUUGCUUGGAUGCAAACAUGCAAAGACAGUUACUGACUGAUAUUCCACGGCAAUAUGGCUUAAGGACAGUUAUGCUUUUGAUACCAUAGUUCCAUUGUAUGAUCCAUAAUUAUAAUUUUGAUAUUGCACGAUAGAACUUAACAAACUAGCCACAGAAAAGAUUUAAAAAUGACAAUUAAUGAAAAUGUGUAUAAUUGUUUAGACAGUUUGCAGACAUCAGUGGUGCUGAUGUAUUUAAAAAACACAGGAAUGCAUAACAGUUUUUGUAUGGCUGACCUUCCAAUGUAUGUCAAAGCUGAGAAAAAAAACUUCAGAUUUAAUUUAUGCAGUGAGAUGAAGAUUAAAUGUACAGUACUUCUAAGGUUUCUGUUAUUCCAAAUGCAGAUUACAGAGCAUAUCAAAGAAUUGUACAGUGUGAUAUAUAUAGAUAUAUAUAUAUAAAACCUUAAAUUUAGCAUAAGAAGAAUAUAACUAAAUACAACAUAGUAUAAGAGUUGUUCUCAUGUCAACAAAUUAUAUAUAGGAUAAUAUUGACAAAAGGUCUAGGUUGAGGCAGUGGGUGGUGCACUGACAAUCCAGUAAUCUAAUGAAUAAACAGUCCUUAUGACUUUUAGGGAUCUUUGUGAGCUAGAGGUUUGCCAUAUUUUCACACUGAUGCACCUCUCUGCUGAACAGACCUGCAAUCAUGGUUCAAGUCAACAUCAGCAGACAGAUUAUUAUAACAUGCAUCAUAUUUAGGGGGAGAUAUAUUAGCAGAAUGAACAGCAUUUUGCACAUGCUGUGUUGAAUGUAACAAAUGUUACAACUUUUCAGAAGACAGACGUUUACACAUCUUUGUUAUUUGAGCAAAUUUUUUCUUUUAGGUUUUUGUAGUUUUUCCUCUAUGUAAGUCCUUUUAUUUUAUCACUCUGUUGCUAUGGACAUGUAAUUCAUAGAAACUUUAUGUGUGCUUUACUGUCAGUGUGUUUGUUAAGCCCUUCCAUCAGAGUUUUAACUGAAAAUAACAAAAAAAAAAAGGUAGAUAGAGUCAAAUUCUCCUCUGUGUCUCUGGCCAUGCUUGACUUAUAAAACACUAAUGUGUUGUCUCAGUGACUCCUUUUAAACACAGUGGACCAGCAUAUUUCACUGCCUGUGAUCAAAAAAUUUUCUCAGGCAUGAUAAAGGUUAGAGAAACUCAUGGGGCCAACUCUAAAUAUUCAUGUGUAUGCAGGAGAACCAUUUAUGUACACAUUCCUGAUCAUCCUUCAGUCAUAUUUUGCGACCAUGUCAAUAAAAUAAAAAGAGAAGAUAACAUAUAAAAGAAAGGGAAAAAAAUAAAGAUAACUACUUUUAGUAUGUUUUAUUAUAAAACAGGGCUGAUACAACUUUUAAUCAACAAAAACACAAAGAGCAAGAUGUCACUCAAAUACUGCAGAAGAUACCAUAAAAUGGUAACCAAUUUGUUGUGCCAUACAAUAUUCAGUUACAUUUUGGUAUGAAAUAUAUUUUAAUAUUUAUCAUUUUUUCCUUUUUUUCCCCCCCAGACCAAUAAGUUAUUUUAAGGUAAUUCUAUGCAACAUAUGUAUUCAUAUGCAUAUGUGUUAAAGUCUGUGAACAUAUCAUUUUAAAAUGUCCUGUAGAAAGUAGUUAUAAUUUGUACAUUUGGUGAAAGAAGAAUAUUAAAUAUUUUUAUUUUGUACUUAUUUUAGUAUAUAUUGAUGUUAACCACUGUUAACAUCUACAUGGAGCUUGUGCACUUUAUUACAACGCUUGUUUUCUUGUCUUAUUUUAACUGUCGAGACAUUCUAAGUUAUAUGUUUUGUCUCCAUACUAAAAUUGAAUGAGUCACAGUGUAUGCAGUUGCAGGAACUAUUGUGGUGUACAAUUUUUAUCUAUGUGGCAAAAGAUUAACAUUCAAACAAGUAGGGGUUCCCUUAAAGGGAUGCACAAUCUUCAGUGAAGUCAAUUACUCCAUUUUCAUAGUGUACUGAACAGUCUGUAUACGUGGUGCAGUAAGUAAGACCUCAUCUUAUUGCCCAGUCAUGACUGUCAAAUCAUUCGUGUAUCAUUAGAAUUGCUUCUGAAUACUGUUUGUUAAGAUCAAUCGUUGCCUGUAAUUGUGAACCCAUUCAUUUAUUGUUGUCCUGAGGGGUGUGAAUGUGCUCAAGUUGUUUGACAUGUGUACAUAAAGUGUUUAUUUUCUACAAUGACUGAAUGUUUAUAUGUCUGAGGUUUGAGCAUGUGAGUGUAAAAUAAAAAAAAUAAAUAAAUGUAAUUCACAGAGCACUUGCAAUUGUACAGCAAUGGGUGUCUAGAGUCCUAUCAGGGGAGUUGAGAGUGUUUAUUUAAAACAAGUGCUGUCCACUGAUGAUUAUUAGUGAGAUUAAAUCCUCUGAACUGCAGGAACAACAUAAGAUGGGAAAAAAAUGUAUAUGUUUCACUUUAAGUAGUUGUCUGAAACUUUUGGUUUUGGAUGUUGCAUGUUUUGUUGAUGGUUUGUCUGUAUAUUUUGCCCAAGGAUUAUGUUUAAAAAGAGAGAAAAUAUGUAUAGAUCUAUCUGUAUGCUGAGUGUAAAGAGAUAUGCUUGUAAAUUUGUCUUGUUUUUCACUCAGUGUAAAAACAAAGCAUAUGAUGUUAUGGUUUUGUGACUGUACACGGGGUGUGUUAAGAUAUGCAAAUUGUGCUGUAAAAAAUCCUCCUGAGUCAGAAGAAUAAAUAUU